GUCUUGUACAUACAGGGAGAUUGUGAUGUUAAAGCCAUAGUGUUGAACCCACCUGAGCCGAUAAAAAUAAGUGUCAGUCAUGAUGCUUUUACAAAAAUGAGAAGCUUGAGGUUGCUCAUUUUACGCAAUGUUUCUUUCCAAGGUCCUAUAUGUCUACCCAAUGGGAUAAGAUGGUUCGAAUGGCCUGGUGCUCCUUCGAUUCCAGAAUUUGCCUCUGGUCCCAAUAAAUUAGUGGGACUUGAUUUGAGCGAAAGCAGGAUGACAAUAGUGCCAAAACCAUUGGAGGAAUUCCGACAAUUGAAGCACAUUAAUUUUAGUUUUUGCAACUCGUUAGUCCAUGUGCCUGACAUCUCAUUUGCUCCAAAUCUGGAGGAAUUGAAAUUUAUGCGGUGCAUAAAUUUGGUAGGAGCACACGAGUCGAUUGCAAAUCAUGACAAGUUACGGAAUUUGAUUAUAUUGGAUUGCUUCAAACUUCGUAAUUUAACAAAGGAGCUCAAGUCAAAAAAUCUCGAAUUUAUCAGUUUUGCGGGCUGCAAAAAUUUUGAAAUGUUUCCUGAUAUUCCACAUAAAGUUGAAGGCCUAGAAGUUUUGAAUUUAGUGCACACCGCUAUUAAGGAACUUCCUGCAUCGAUAGGAAAUCUUAUCUCUUUGGAGAUAGCGUAUUUAAAUGGAUGCUCAAACUUGGUAGGUCUUCCAUCUAACAUUUACAAGUUACAAAACCUUAGAAUAUUGGGACUCGCGGGUUGCAAAAAUUUAGUCGAGUUUCCAAAGUUGGAGGAUUCAGCUGAUCCAUGCAUAGAGGCCAAACUUCCCAAGUUACAAUAUAUAUACCUUCGUCGAAGUGAUUUAUGCAUGAAAGAUGUUCUUGAGAAUCUUUCCCGUUUUCCCUCUUUGAUACAUCCAUCUUCCACCAAAUUUAACUUUUGA